CUUACUCCAGGAGAAAACGGAUAACGGGAUUUUAUGUGACCGGGAAAGAAGGAAAUACGUCUUGCUUUAAAGACAGAGACCACCCUGGCGUCCUCUCCGAGUCGUGUGUGGAAAAGUUUUUGGGAUUAAAGAGGUGUUGAGGACACAAAGUUACCCCCAGCAAAAAAAAACUGAUGCUAUCUGUCCUGCUUGGGUCGCAUCAACCAUUCCUCAUCUUCACGAAAAUGAAUUACUCAGUGGCAAUGCAGAUGUCAGUCACACUCAGUUAAAUGUUAGUGCUACUUGAGCAGAUAUUGCUCGGCUGGCCGAAGAGGAAAAAGAAGAAAGGGGGUGUUCAAGGUGCCAGAAGAUGUCUCUCUGGAUGAUACUGCCUGUUAGCCUCCCAGCUCUGACCAUCACUGGGAUAUGGGUUGUGUACGCCAUGGCCCUGUACAACCAGCAUGUCUGCCCUGUGGAUAACUGGUUGUACAACCAAUCAUGUGAAGAGGAGCUGUACUUGCAGAGUGGCCCAACGUUGUGCUGCACACUAGACAAUGUACCUCUCAUCAGUAAAUGUGGGACUCUCCCUCCUGAGAGCUGCUUCUUCAGCCUUAUCUGCAGCACUGGCUCAUUCAUGGUCAUGGUGAUUGUGCUGCUCCGCUAUGCCCACGUCAUUGAGAAGCACCAAAACUGUGUUCUCAACACUGCGAGUCUCUCCACAGGCUGGAUCUGUGCUGCUGGACUCAUCAUGGUGGGCAACUUCCAGGUGGAUAAUGCCAAAGUUCUCCACUAUGUCGGAGCGGGCAUCGCCUUCCCCACGAGUAUGCUGUUUGUGUGCCUGCAGUCGGCGCUGACUUACCGCUUGGCAAAGACCCAGGGGGAGUACAACGUGGCCCACCUCCGGCUCUGCAUGACCCUGUUGGCCUUCGUAGCCUUGGUGCUCAGCGGUGUGUUUUUUUGUCAGGAGAGCUUUGUCCUGCAACAUGCGUCAGCCAUCUUUGAAUGGGUGUUUUGUGUCAUCAUCAUGCUGUUCUACGGGACAUUUGCCUUUGAGUUUGCCGGCAUGUCAGGAGAUACCAUGGUGGUGCUGGCCAGAGGAGGCUCCCUGGGACCUGCUGGGAGAGAACACAAGAUGGAUGCACUGGGAGGUCCUAGUCCACAUCCACACCAACCUGAAAACCUGUCCAUGAUGUAGCCCAUCAGAACAUCUAGAAGCCACACAGUUGGCUUGUAUAAUCCUCUCAAACUCUGGUUGUUGAAUGAGUUUAAUUAUUCAUUUCCAGCCACACUCAUCAGAAGCUUUGAAAAGAACCAGGCCAGUGCAGCAGCUGUUCACGGCGGAGUGGAUGCUACUUUUUCAACCCCAGGGGGUGCAGAUCUGCUGCCACAGUGGAGAGCUCAGCUUGUAUUGUACUUGCAUCAAAGCUUUGCGUCUCUAAAGAACUUGUUUGCAUUUUGCACAUUGCACAAGUGUGAAACCAAAUUUUCUACCCACUCAGUCCUGCCUACAGUGACUAGCUGAGGAGUAUUUUGUCAAUCAGAUCAAGAAAAUGUGCAGAUCCCCCUCACGGCUGAGAUCCUGUAACCUGUCUCAAUAAGUGGCCUUGGACCAUUUCUUCUUGAGGUCAUGCUUUCAUUGUAUGAGUGAGCUUGUAGUAAAGGACCGAAGGCUGCUGGACAGCCAAGUUGACAAUAUUGGAGACAAAGAAAAACAGAGAGAGAAAAGAUGUUGUAUGAGUGUUACGGUGGGAGUAAGGUCAGACCUGAGGCUUAUAUACCCACAAGAGAAUGGACGAAUGCAAUACCUUUAAAGGUUUAAAGAGAUAUUGGGUUAUAUAGGAGAGUAUACAAAGGUUUUAGACUAUCCCGGAGAUGGGACAGGGCAGCGGCUACACUUUGCAAUGAUUUAAACCUGCAUCAAGCAAUAUUUUGAUAUUAACAAAGCAAAUAACUACUCUGCAGAGAUUUUAGCAGCUUUUAGCUGAUUGGUUUAGUCAUUUAAUUUGCGAUGGUAAAGAAAGUCGACCAUCUAGCCAGCUGAAGACCCAAAUAUGUUUUUUCAGGAGCAAACCCCAGCUAAAAAGAAAGUGAACAUUGGAACGCUAAUGGUGUUUAAGUAAGCAUAGACUCAACAGCUUAUAUUCUAUGUCACUAUGUUUUGUGGUCAAAAAUCACCUAAUACUGCUUUAAAAUAUACAUCAACAACAACCUUAUAUUUUGACUCACUCUCAUUUCCCUCCAUGUAUAGAAGUAAACAGGAUUUUUGAAUAAAGUAUGCAUUCAUGCACCCAUGGGACCCAAACAGAUUGCGCAAUUUCAUGCCUGGAUGCCUAAGUUAAUGUG